UUAAUGGUCUGCCAUCUUGUUUCUAGGAAUCAAGAUUUAGGCAAAACAUUAUUAAGUCAUCUCUUUUGGUUUCGCUAUCUUCUGAUUAGUUAUCGGUUGCUAUUUUGUAUAAAAUAGUGCUGCAAUACAAACACUUAAUCAAAGUGUAUAUCAAAGUGUAAAUCUCAAACUGGAAAACAUGAGAUCGCCAACUUAUUCAACACGACAGACAACACAAUAACAUCCAAAUUGCUUUUCUGAAUCUUGCCUAAAUUGACUGGCGUCCGCUAAUUUUCAGCUUCCUUCAGGAUCUCUGUUAACUUUGGACGACGAUGACCUCUCGUUACUUACUUUAUUUCUCCUUGGUUGGUCCAUUCUUACCUUUCUUUAGUCUCGGAAAUAACCUCUACAUGAUCUUUCCACAGAUGAUAAAGUUACGCCAGAUACUUAAAAGCAAAACCACUAUUCGUCUCCAGCCUAAUACAGCAGGGUCAGGUGUUUCUGGAAUAUUACAAGUGAAACAUAAUGGUCAAUGGGGAACAGUAUGUAACGAUGGAUGGGAUAUAAAGGAUACAUUCGUUGCAUGCAGACAACUUGGUUUCGCUAAGGCCAUAAGGUAUUGGAAAUACGGCACAGGAAAAGGAUCAGUAUUGCUGAAUUGGAUGGAGUGUACAGGAUUGGAGACGACACUGGAAGAGUGCAAUCAUGGUGAAUGGGGAGUUUCUUCAAUACUGUGUGAUAAACACGUCCACGACAUUGGUGUAGUGUGUUCUAGCCACAAAGGUACGCUAGGGGCACAGUUGGAAAAUGCAUGGUUAYGAUUACAGUCAGGUACACAAGGAUUUAGCUUUGCAGGUAUUCUACAGGUCUAUCACAGUAAUCAGUGGGGAACAGUUUGUUUUUGGCCUAAUGCAUGGGAUAUAACAGACACCAGAGUAGCAUGCAGACAACUUGGGUUUAGUGAAGCAAUAGGAUACUGGCACGAAGCAAGAGGAGAAGGCAAAGUUUGGAUGAAAGAUGUACGGUGUACAGGACAAGAGACAUCUCUUCAAAAAUGCCGUCAUGAAAUAUUGAAAGAAGACGAUGCUAAUUGCAAAAAUCACAAAUUUGACAUUGGCAUUGUGUGUUCUGGAUUUAACAACGUGCGUCUUGUUGGUGGGGCUGAUAGAAAUGAGGGCCGUAUCGAAGUGAAACUGGAAGGGGCCUGGGGCACUGUGUGUGGUGAUCAUGGCUGGACAAUUGAAAAUUCUAAUGUCAUCUGUAGAAUGCUUGGUCACAAACAAGCCGUAAGAAACCAGAAAUUUGGGGCCGGUAGCAAAUCUAAGCCAAUAUGGCUGCAACAGCUUUCGUGUAAGGGAUGUGAGAUGUCCAUGGCAGAAUGUCAAAUUACCAAUUAUAGCUUGCCAGACUGCAACCACGAAAAAGAUGUUGGUGUUGUUUGCCUUCCAAAAGAUGAAGCAAACAUUACAGUUCGUUUGGUGACUGAAGGCGUAAGCUCUAUUGGUCGAGUAGAAGUUCGUUACCAUGGAAUAYGGAAAUCUAUUUGUGCCAAUAACUGGGAUAUACGAGAUGCACACGUGAUAUGCAGGAUGAAAGGACAUGAAAGAGCAUUAGUAGCUAUGGCAACAAGAAAAGGGAGCAAUGAUAAAGUGUGGCUGGAUUACCUUGACUGCUCAGGAAAAGAAACAGUUAUUGAUGAUUGCAAAAACGUGACGUGGAAUUGGAAAAACCAGCCUUGUUCAAAUGAUCUACGUGCUGGUGUGGUAUGCUUUUUGAAAGACGAAUUAAGAUUGCAAUUUCACAUCGUGAAAAGAAUAGCCACACAUGCUGGGAGGCUUGAGGUUGAAUGUUACGGCAAAAGAGGAAACCUUUGCAUUGAUAGAUUAGACUUGAAUGCAGCACACGUGAUUUGCCGCAUACUGGGAUAUCAGAAGGCAGUUACUGUUUAUUCAAUGGACCAACAAUCUAAGACCAGUUUUUCUCUGUCACUAAGAUGUGAUGGCUCUGAACAUUCUACAGACAAAUGUACGGAAGUGAUUUUGAACCAGGUGGACAGAUGUUACAAUAACGAAGUUGCAGGCAUUAUAUGCAAACCAAAAACAGAAUACAAUAAAAAGGAAGAACUUCGUUUGGUGGAAGGCUCAGGUGAUCAUGAAGGUCGUGUCGAAGUUAAACAUCAUGGCGUAUGGGGUACAGUGUGUAGUGAUGGCUGGGACAUGCGAGAUGCUAACGUGGUCUGUAGAAUGAAGGGUUAUCAAGGAGCAAUCACGGCAUAUAAGAAAUUUCCACAAGGUUCUGGUGCAAUAUGGCUUACUGGCUUGAACUGCAAAGGGCAUGAAAACAGCACAGUCGAUUGUGAUCGCGAGGGACUGGACAAGACCAAAUCAUGCAGCCACAAAAAUGAUGUUGGUGUGGUUUGUUAUUCUGGAAAAGAUCAUUUGCAGGUUAGUUUAGAGAUGGAUAACAGGAGCUCACUCUAUGAGGGCCGUGUAAAGAUCAAGGUUAAUAACGAGACUGGAACCAUCGAUGAUGAGCAAUGGGACAUCCAUGAUGCUAAUGUUGUUUGCAGAAUGUUAAAGUUAUCCAGAGCCAUAGCAGCCAUCAGCUUGUUUAGGGAAGAACCGGUCAAAGUUUUCUUCUCUAAAGUACGAUGUAAUGGAACAGAGGAGUCACUAGAGAUGUGUGAUCACGGUGGAUGGGGAGCUGGAACACRAGAUCACGGUGGUUAUGAUGCUGGAGUGAUUUGUGCUAGACCAUCAAUUGCACAAGCGAAGAUGAUGGAUAGUGCUGAAAGCAAUGAUGGGGCUGUGACUGGCUUGUCAAUCCUGAUCGUCAUACUCAUCAUGGUUAUUGUUGGUGCCUUUCUUUGGUAUUUCUUUAAACUGCGGAACGAGAAAAACAAAGAUUCUCAGGAUAAAGCGCAAGGGCUACAGAUGGAAAGGCAAGUGGCCAGCGGUAGUGGUGGAAACGUCACUGAAGAUUACUACCAGGCCCCUCCGUCCCUUGGUGAUCAAAGAUACGUCACAAGUCAGGAAAGUGACCGCGCAGUGCGUCAAUCCCGUGGAAGGAACGCGAGGAAUGUACAAGAGAGUGAGGAAUCCAUGUACUUAGAAGUAAGGAGAUAAAAGAAUUGGCAUACAACACGAGACUGUGGCACCUGUUUACAUAUGUACUGACAGCUAGAAUAAUCUGGUUUUGACUUUUCCAGGAACGGCUAAAAUUUAAUAUUUUCAUCAUUAUUACGGUUUGUGUGCAUUUAGCUAGUUUUUCAAAAACAUGUUUAAUAAAACUGAUCACGAGGAAACAACACAGUUGUAGAGGCUGACAUUAGAGGAUAUAGUGCAAAAUUAGACUAAACAAGAGGAAUAAACAAGAUGUAUGUUUCAGGAA